AAAAAGCUGAAGAAAAGAAACCGUCGAUUGUAGCCGCCCGAAGAAAAUACCUUCUUUUUUCCUUUCGUUUAAGUUCGAAUUUGCAAUACUAGAGUGCUUCUUCAGCGAUGGCAAACGCGGCAUCAGGAAUGGCAGUGCACGACGACUGCAAGCUAAGAUUCCUAGAACUCAAAACGAAGCGAACGCACCGUUUCGUCGUUUACAAGAUCGAGGAGAAGCAGAAGCAAGUCGUCGUCGAGAAAGUCGGUGAACCUAUCCAAACCUAUGAUGACUUUGCCGCCACUCUUCCUGCUGAUGAAUGCCGUUACGCCGUUUAUGAUUUCGAUUUCGUCACUGCUGAGAAUUGCCAGAAGAGCAAGAUCUUCUUCAUCGCCUGGUGUCCUGAUACGGCGAAGGUGAGGAGUAAGAUGAUAUACGCUAGCUCUAAGGAUAGGUUUAAGAGGGAACUUGAUGGGAUUCAAGUUGAGCUUCAAGCUACUGAUCCUACUGAGAUGGAUCUUGAUGUUUUCCGAAGCCGUGCCAACUAGAAAAUAGUAAUCACCAUACAAGUUUAUGUAGAUCCCUUGUAUGAUCUAAUAUUAUUUCAAAGUGAUGUUACUUUUUAAAAAAGUUAUGGUGUGAAGAGUAUGAACCUAUAACAACUUUAUUUUAUGGGUGUUUUUGGUGUCUUGUGUUUGUUUCUUUGUUCUAUCUUUAUAUGCAGAUUUCACUAUUUUUGAGUUUCUAAAUGUGUUGUGUUGAAGAAGAUGAACACUUUUUGGUGUGGUAUUAUUUUAAAUGUUGCUUUCAUAAAUAUAUGAAACAAUUGUAGGCGUUUGUGUGCA